GAAACUCCAGCCGGCCCGGGUCGCUUCGUGACCCUCUUCCCGGGUCCCCUGCCGCCUUCCUCCCGCAGCCUAGUCGCCACCAACGCGGCGCGGCUCCGCCUGAUCGCGGGGUCGGAGAAGCGGCUGCUGGAGAUGGGGCUGCGGCGCGCUCAGGGCCCCGACGGGGGCCUCACCGCCUCCACCUACAGCUACCUGGGUGGAUUCGACGGCAGCAGCAACGUGCUCGCGGGGCAGCUGCGGGGUGUGCCAGUCGCUGGGACCCUGGCACAUUCCUUUGUCACUUCCUUUUCGGGCACCGAGGUGCCCCCGGACCCGAUGUUGGCUCCAGCUGCAGGUGAGGGGCCCCAGGUGGACCUGGCUGCCCACGUGGAGGCCUGGCUGGAGCGCGUGUGUGCCCACCUGGGGCUGGGGGUGCAGGAGCCGCACCGGGGGGAGCGGGCGGCCUUCGUGGCCUACGCCCUGGCCUUCCCCCGGGCCUUCCAGGGCCUGCUGGACUCCUACAGCGUGCGGCGGAGCGGUCUCCCCAACUUCCUGGCGGUAGCCCUGGCACUGGGGGAGCUGGGCUACCGGGCAGCGGGCGUGCGGCUGGACAGCGGUGACCUGCUCCAGCAGGCCCUGGAGAUCCGUGGAGUCUGCCGGAGCACUGCAGCCCAGUUCCAGAUGCCCUGGCUCGCGUCAGUCCCCAUCGCUGUCAGCAACAACAUCGACGAGGAGCAGCUGGCCCGCCUGACCCAAGAGGGCAGUGAGGUGGACGUCAUAGGCAUUGGCACCAGUGUGGUCACCUGCCCUCAGCAGCCGUCCUUGGGCUGUGUCUACAAGCUGGUGGCUGUGGGGGGCCAGCCACGAAUGAAGCUGACCGAGGACCCCGAAAAGCAGACACUGCCCGGGAGCAAGGCUGCCUUUCGGCUGUUGGGCUCAGAUGGGUCUCUGCUGUUGGACCUGCUGCAGUUGGCAGAGGAGCCACCACCCCAGGCUGGGCAGGAGCUGAGGGUCUGGCCUCAAGAGUCCCAGGAGCCCUGCACCGUGAGCCCAGCACACGUGGAGCCACUGCUGCGACUCUGGCUCCAGCAGGGCCAGCUGUGCGAGCCCCUCCCGUCGCUGGCCGAGUCCAGAGCCUUCGCCCGCCUCUCGUUGAGCCGCCUCAGCCCUGCCCACAGGCGGCUGGAGAACCCCACUCCGUACCAGGUGGCACUGUCUGAGAAGCUGCGGGCCCUGGUGGACAGUCUGAGCGCCCAAGGCCCCCCGUGAGAACCCCCAGCAUUACAUGAGUCACUGUCUCCC